GGAAAUAAAUAUUUCAAAAUGGCAUCGUCUCCACUAGUUCUAUACACCCGCCUCAAGACCAACAUGAAAAUUGCAUAUUACACUGACAGUAUGGUCGAUAAUCUCGCGAACUUCAGAAAUGAGGCUUCAGCCUAUCUAUCUGGUCCAGGUGAAUAUAAAAGCCUCCCCUUUCUGGAUAUAUGUGCGAAUUUAGAAGGAAAUGGAAAAAUUGGCUGGAAUAAUCUGGAGAAUCUAAAAACAAUUGUACAAAGUGCGAGUGAUGGAAAAGAACAACUUCUUGAAAUGAUUAACGAAGCUGAAAGAAAAAUACAGGAUAAUUUAUCAGGUUCAGCGUGCUGUUUGCCACCGGAGAUGGGUGCACAGAAACGAAAGCUGAGAGCUGACGAAAUGGUAGUGUAUAUGGAGGAAAAAGUAUACCGAGUAAAAGAGGGAUAUGCAGCAUUUCUAGACUGCUAUCUAGUUCCUAAACCGGUCAGUGUCGUCUGGAAAAAGGGAGAAGAAAACAAAGUAGACAAGAUAGUCCCUAUAAACAAUAAAAAAUACUAUUGUGCUGGUCCCUCUUCACCAGCACUUGUGAUUCGACGUGUAGAGAAAAGGGACGAGGCUUACUACCAAUGUACUGCCAAAUAUAUUGACACCACCAGGAAUAUUGAAAUAGAGAUUCAAGGCGAUGCUGUUCCAUUAGAACUGGAUUCCGAUGAAGAUAGAAGAAGCAAUACACAUAGCACACAAAGAUCUCAGUCUUUAUCAGCUUCAGGAGCAGGAGGGUCGCACAGUCAUAUAAACAUCAGAUCGAGCGCUAGUUCCCAGGAUUGGCAAAGGGAAUCACCCAGUUACCCAACGGAGGAUAGACAACAAGGGCCAAAAG